CUUGCAUAUUUUUUGUCAUUUUGAAUGAUGCGUUUGGGCACUUGAAGACUCUAAUGACAGGAGGCUUACGUAUUUCUACUACUGCUAGAGGUUGGAAGGAAAAGUAGUCCUGAUCACUGGUGGUGCAGGUGCAUUGGAUCUAUCACAGCAAAGCUCUUCUGUCAAAAUGGUGCCAAAGUCUUCAUAGCCGACACCAACAGAGAUGAUCAAAGCCAUUCCCUCUGCAAAGAUUUACGCCCUGCAGAUGCUCAGUUUUCUACUGUGUGAUGUCACAAACGAAUCAUGUGUCCAAAAUGCCAGCGAGUCAACAGUCAGCGCACACGGAAAACUUGACAUAAUGGUAAACAAUGCUGGAAUCAUGGGAAUCACCAAAGCACCAGACUCUCUUGAUGGCGAUGCAACUGAUUUCACUCAUGUCUUUCAUGUUAUUGUUGUUGGCGCAUUUCUCGGCACCAAACCCGCUGCUCAGGUAAUGAAACCUGCCCAACUAGGGAGCAUAAUAAACAAGUCUGGCAUCUGCAGUAUCAUAAGUGGGACGGGGCCACACGGUUACACGUGCUUAAAACAUGCAGUUCUUGGCCUGACUAGGAACACUGCUCUUGACUUGGGUCAAUAUGGUAUCUGGGUCAACUGUGUCUCUCCUUACACAGUCCCAACAAGCAUGUCAAGGGCACUCUCGGGCAUAUUUGGGUUUUGCAGAGGACGAUAGGUUUGAUGUGUAUUCAAACCUUAAAGGCUCACAUUUGAUGCCCGAAGAUGUAGCUGAGGCUGUUUGUCUAUUUAGCAAGUGAUGUGAGAAGUAUACGAGUGGCCACAAUCUUCUUUUGGAUGGUGGCUUUACUACUUAUUUAGCUUUACAUAUUUUGAACCGUUAAUCAUAUUAUACCACUACGGUUUAUUUGGCCUAUCAAAAAGUGAUUACGCUAUGAACUAGCGGUUAAGAGAAGUGCAUU